UCAUUCAUUCCAACCACCACUCACCGGCUUUUGGGGCGCUUCAUGGCGGAGAAAGAUGCUACAGCCCGUCUUAGGCGGGCGGUCAAGGAGAAUAACCUCUUCAUCGUAAAGCGCCUGAUUCAACGGACCGACAUGCGCAAUCCAGACCCUGGGCCUCGCAGAUAUACCUCGCUGGCUUGGUCUGCUGUACUUGCCAAUGAAGAAACGUUUGAGUUCCUGAUGAACGCCGGUCACGACGAUGCAGAGUUGAGCAAGGACUCGGAAAACAACACCAUCCUCAUGAUCCUUGCCGACUACACUCCUUCCAAUACAAACAGCGCCGAUGUCAAAGGCGCGGCGCUUCGGAUGGCAAGAAUGUACUAUGACCGAUACCCUGACAUUCUCGAUUGGUCGAACAUCCAUGGAAAGACCGCUCUCCAUUUGGCUUCCCUAAAAGGCCACGAAGAGCUCGUUCGCAUGCUCUGCGACUUUGGUGCCGAUGUGGAUCUCUCGGACAACAAGGGCAAUACGCCGUUACACUACGCUAGCUCGUGGGGCCAUAUUCCAAUAGUUCAACUUCUCAUCGAACGGGGAUGUGUGUACACGGCCAAGAAUAACGACGGCUUCACAGCAUUAGAUUAUGCUUAUUCUUUCACGACCAAAGACACCCUCCAAGACACAGCAAGGCUGCAAUUUGAAAACAACAAGAAGAGUAGACGGAAUGUCCUGGCCCAAGCUGCUGUGCGAGGGAGUGACUGGGCUGGACCAUCCAACGUUCCGCCUCCUGUGCCCUCGAAAGGCCGUGAUAUCAAGCAAUCACCAAAUCGAAUAAGGAGUGGAUCGGGAACAAGUCGUACGACAACAACCUCUGAUAGCGGUGAAGUCGAGAGCAAUGGCUUGGCUCCCGCACACAAAAGCCAGUCCUCCUCCUCUUCACCGUCUACCGCCCCCCAACCAUAUCUUUCUCCACAUGGGUCUACCAAUGGAUUCGUGCCAUCUCCGUCCAAGAUGCGAAGUAAUUCUCCUUGGGCCCCAGCUUCUUCAGCGUCACCGGUGGCUACCCGAAUGCGAGAGCGCGAUGCUGAUGCGCGAGUCAAGUUCAUGAACGAUUCCGGGAUGGCUCGGAAUCGGUCAGGCAGUGCUUCAACUGACAAUAAGUCACAAAAUGGGACCCAGUAUACCUCAACAAGUCUCUCCGUCGACGAGGACCCCUUGGCGAGAAUGGGUGGAGUAAGUGGGUCCGUUACCCCACGAAGGUUGAGACCAUCCGUCUCGGCUGCGCAGUUGAGGACAAAUCCAGAUGUGCUCAAUAUCGUCACGGCCUUUCCCUCGUCCUCUGAACACCGGACUCGCUCUGGAACAAAUCCUACUGCCCCUAGACCAACACUCCCCCAACUACAUCGUUCGACGUCAGUAUCAACUUCGCCUUAUACCGAACAUCCACCAGGAAGUUACACUGGCCCACCGAUUCAAUACGCCACAUUUCCUGAACCACCAGUUGCUCCAGAUGAUAGCAGCACUCCCACUGCCGGUCGGCGGUUGCCUUUCAAUAUUUUGUCGAAACCCCUUCCUAACGCGGACCCCCCCAACAUCAACCAUAGGCGUGGUUUAUCUGCCGCGUCAGUCCGUGGUCCAUGA